AUGAGGGUUUUGGUUACUAGUUCGCCAGCUGGCUUAAUGGGGAUACCAUCUGGGUCAGCUGUUGUCUCAUCUCAGGCGGUCUCGGAGUCGGUAGUGACUCAGCUGCAGGCUCUGGAGCUACCGGCUUUGACAGCAGAGGAUGGGAAUAGUGUGAGGUCUCUGCUGUUAAAACUGUAUGCUUCUGUUUUUUCAGAACGUGAUGGAGACCUGAGGUGCACAAAGCUGAUCUCCCAUGAUAUUCCACUCAUGGACGAGGUCCCUGUCCGGCAGCGCUUUAGGCGCAUUCCACCGUCAGACUAUGAGGUGGUCAGGGAGCAUAUUAACAACCUGCUGGAGGCCCAGGUAAUCCGGGAGAGCAGCAGUCCAUAUGCUUCCCCCAUAGUGCUGGUACGGAAGAAGGAUGGGAGUCUGCGCAUGUGUGUGGACUACAGGCACCUAAACAGCAAAACCAGAAAGGAUGCCUUCCCCCUCCCUCGUAUCGAGGAGUCGCUCGAUGCGUUGAGUGGUGCUCGCUGGUUUUCCACUUUAGAUGUAGCCAGUGGCUACAACCAGGUACUUGUUACUGAAACAGAUCAGCCCAAAACAGCUUUUUGUACCCCUUUUGGGUUGUUUGAAUGGAACCGUAUGCCUUUUGGUCUUUGUAAGGCCCCCAGCACCUUCCAACGGCUAAUGCAAAGACUCUUUGGGGACCAACGGUGCCAGUCCUUAUUGUUAUAUUUGAAUGACAUUGUUGUUUACUCUUCCACCAUCAAGCAACACCUGGACAGGCUGGAGAUGGUGCUGGAGCGGCUGCAAAGAGAGGGGCUUAAGGCAAAGCUGCCCAAGUGCACUUUCUUUCGACAGGAGGUGCAGUACUUAGGGCAUGUGAUUUCGGACAAGGGUGUUUCAACAGAUCCUUCUAAGGUUGAAGUGGUGGCAAACUGGCCUAUCCCUGUGACGGUGUCAGAUCUGCGGUCAUUCCUAGGAUUUGCCAGCUAUUACCGACGGUUCGUGGAGGGGUUUGCCAAGUUGGCUGCCCCCCUUCACACUGUUGCGGAGCUGGGGAGUGCAAAGUCUGGCCGGAGGCAAGGGCAGAAGAUUGGCGAGUGCUGGACCAGGUUGUGUAACGACAGCUUUGACGCUUUAAAGGGUCGAUUGGUCACUGCACCGGUGCUAGCCUAUGCCGACUUCUCUCUCCCUUUUAUUUUGGAGGUGGACGCUAGUUAUGGUGGUUUAGGCGCAGUACUAUCUCAGGAGAAGCAAGGGCAGGUGAGGCCUGUAGCCUACGCUAGCAGAGGGUUGCAGCCCCCUGAGCGCAACAUGGCCAACUAUAGCUCCAUGAAGUUGGAGUUCUUGGCACUCAAGUGGGCAAUGACUGAAAAGUUUAGGGAGUAUUUGCUGGGCCAUCGGUGUAUUGUCUACACAGAUAAUAACCCGCUAAGCCACCUGUCAUCUGCCAAGUUGGGGGCCACUGAGCAGCGUUGGGCUGCCCAGUUGGCUUCCUUUGACUUUGAAAUAAAGUACCGCCCGGGGAGGAGCAACAGAAACGCAGAUGCGUUGUCUAAACAAAAUCCACCCGGCAGACAAGAGCUAGCUUCAAUGCUCCCAGGAACACCCCUCCCAACGCCACUGCAGCAGGUUUUACAGGCUGACCAGUCUGAGGUGGCUCCGGCUGCUGUCUUUGCAUUGCCUCAUUUUAAUCAGGCUGACCUUUGUGUUUUACAGCAAGCUGAUCCAGUCCUUAGUGAAAUCAGGGCAUUUUGGAUAGAAAAGAGACAUCCCACCCGUGAGGAAAGACUCCAGUUGUCUCCGGCUGCAUUGGUCCUCCUCAAACAGUGGGACCGGUUGGUGGAGAAGGAUGGGGUCCUGUACCGGCAGAUCUGGCUCCCCCGGGAGGCUGAGGGGGUGUUGCAGAUAGUGUUGCCUGCCACCCUGAGGGAGGAAGUGCUUACUGAACUUCAUUAGAAGCAUGGCCACCAAGGGGUUGAGAGGACACUGCAGCUGCUCAGACACCGAUGCUUCUGGCCUAACAUGACUGGUGAUGUGGAGCAGUGGUGCAGUAAGUUUGAGAGAUGUCAGGUUGCCAAGGAUACCCAGCGGGGGCCUCAGGCCUACAUGGGACAUUUGUUGGCCUCUCGGCCAAACGAGGUUUUGGCCCUAGAUUACACUGUGCUGGAGUCCUCUGGUGACAGGUGUAAGAACGUCCUGGUGAUGACAGAUGUCUUCAGCAAAUAUACACUGGCUGUCCCUACCAAGGACCAGCGGGCUUCUACUGUGGCACAGGCAUUGGUGACUAAGUGGUUCUUGAAGUUCGGCGUUCCAGCACGGAUACAUUCAGACCAAGGCCGAAACUUCGAGAGCACUCUCAUUCAGCAGCUGUGUGCUUUAUAUGGGAUCAAGAAGUCCCGAACCACUCCAUACCAUCCAUUCAAUGGACAGUGUGAGCGGUUUAAUAGAACACUCCAUAACUUGCUUCGCACUUUACCCACUUCUCAUAAACUAGACUGGAGUUCCUACUUGCCACAGCUGCUGUUCUCAUAUUGUCGCGUGCCCGUCCCAUUUACCGGUUCCUUUAAAACCUACAUCCCUGCGAAGUCGCAUCAGAUCCUGGAACCUGAAUCCUUAGAAGACUCCCAGCGGACGCUGGGUGGCGAGCCAGUGGAACCUCAGGACAGAAGAGGGUGUGGCACCCUUCCUUUUCCUCUGCCUGUGUGUGGGCUUACCCAGGUAGGAGAACAAGAUGAAGAGGUCAUAGAUUUCCUUCAGAAAUACGGAUCUAUCCAUAGAACUAUUCUAGUUGAUGAAAAGAUACCAGAACUUUACCAAAACCUGAUCGUUGAGUAUUCAAAUGGCGCUGCGUUAGAGGCAUUAAGUGUAAUGCUACCUUAUCGUUACGUCUUAAAGGACGAUCCCUCUGUGGUUUACACCAUUAGAGCUCUGAGCAGUGUGUACCAAACUAAAGUCAGUGGUAUUAUUACCAGAACUUACCUUUCUGAUCUUAAAGCAUUAGCUAAACUUAGCGGUGCUGAAUAUGAACACAUUCUUAAAGACGCAGUGGUUCAAAUCAGUAGAGACAUUGAAACUCUUGGUUCUACGGCCGAGACAUUUUCUGAUACCCAGACUGAAACUACCAUUGAAUCUCAGGGGAUAGUGGGUUCGACAGGGCAGAAACCCCCUUCUCCGUCCAUAGGUGCCCUCGACCAAAGGGGUGAGCUUACCUCACCUGAUACCAAUCCUGCUGUUAGAUCCAAAGUGAUCCCUUCGCCAUCAGCAAAGGACAUGAACCCGCCAGAAGUUCAGAAGGUCGUAGUGGAACACAUUGUGAGGAGUGAAGCAACCAACCCUCAUUUCCAGUCCCAAGUCAGACUUCGCUCCUUUUCUGGAAAGAAUCCAAGGCCCAACAAUGAACCGGAUUACGACACCUGGAGGUCACACAUUGAACUGCUGUUGAGCGACCCUAACAUGCUUCCUCUGCAGAUUACCAGGAAGAUAGUGGAGAGCUUGCUCCCACCUGCAUCAGAUGUGAUUAAAGGACUGCAGCCAAACUCUCCCCCUCUGGCCUUCCUGCAAUUACUUGACUCUGCUUUCAGUAUCGUGGAAGAUGGGGAAGAGUUAUUCGCCCAAUUUCUGAACACAUUCCAAGACCCAGGGGAGGGGGCUUCUACGUAUCUUCAUCGGCUACAAUCAGCGUUAAACCUGGCAGUACAGAGAGGUGGGGUUAUGCCAAAAGAAGUCGACAGACACCUCCUGAAGCAGUUUUGUAGAGGCUGCUGGGAUAGCACCCUGCUGUCCACCUUGCAGCUUGAACAAGUGAAAAGCAGACCCCCAGCAUUUGGUGAGCUUUUGUUAAUGCUUCGUACAGAGGAAGAUCGGCGACGGACAAAAGCCAACCGCAUGAAGAGACAUAUGAGCACUACACGUCAGCGAAUUCAGAUUCAGGCUCACUGCGUGGAUGCAGACCUAAACGAACGUCCAGAUAAUUGCCCAAGUGCAAUCGUGAGUCUUGCCAAGCAAGUUGCCACAUUACAGAGCCAACUAGCCUCCUUUAUGGAGCAGAAAAAAGGAUCGGAUAAAAAGGCAAAAACACAAAGAGCUCAAAGCCAAGGAAAACCAAGUGGAGAUAUAAAACCACAGACAGACCCAAAGCAGACGGGUAAACCCCGACCCUGGUACUGUUUUAAGUGUGGGGAGGAUGGCCACAUUUCAUCAUCAUGCACAGAGGCCCCCAAUCCUGUUUUAGUGGCUGAGAAGCCUUCUGUUGUGGGACAGACAGGAGCUGAGACUAGCCAAAGUCCCUCAGUGAAAAUUGUUGCUGUUAGCUGUCAAUCCUGCACAAGCAAAGACCAAUCAAGAAUGGAUAACAAACCUCAGUAUAGGCUUCCUAAAGGACUAGUCGGAACAAAAAGCACAGCGUUGAUAAAUAUAAAAGACAAGGAAAUCAGCUGCUUGCUCGACACAGGGUCGCAAGUAACGACAAUUCCGCGGUCGUUUUAUGACCAGCAUCUCUCAGACCAGAAGAUAAAACCACUUCAUGACAUCCUGGAAGUAGAGGGAGCCGCAGGGCAAUCAAUCCCCUACUUAGGCUAUGUUGAAUUGGUCGUCAGGUUUCCAAAAGAGUUUAUAGGAACUCCAACUGAUGUAACCACACUUGCCUUAGUUGUCCCCAAUCUAAGCACUGUCAUUGAACCUCUCGUGUUGAUAGGGACCAACACUCUCGACGUCCUCUUCGAUGUCUGCUCCAAAACUGGGAUUUCACAUCAACCCAUUCCCAGUGGCUACCAGGCAGUGCUUAAGGUGCUUGAAGUGAGACACAGACGAGAGACAAAUCCUGAACCUCACGCCAUAGUGAGGUUGGAGAACAACUCACAAGUGAUCCCGGCUGGGCAGGUUGUCAUACUUGAGGGGGUCGCAACCACCAGUUGGUUCCUAAACGAGAAAUCUGCCCUGCUUGAACAUCCAGACUCAUCCUCCUUGCCUGGAGGAUUGGUUGUCAAACCCACCUUAGUUCAACUUACGCCCAGGCGGCCUUACAAGGUACCAGUCCACAUCUGCAAUGAGUCUGACCAUGAUGUUGUUAUCCCCCCAAAGUGCAUCAUAGCACAGAUGAACACCUACCAGACCAUCUGUUCGAAGCAGCUCAGUACAGCACGAUCAGCCGUACCAUCCCAAGAACCACUAGGAACAAAGACGUCUCCAAAGUCCACCUUAAAUUUUAAUUUUGAUGGGUCCCCGAUUUCAGCUGAAUGGAAAGACCACAUGGCAAAGCAAUUGGACAGUAUGGGUGAUGUGUUUGCACAGCAUGACACAGAUUUUGGCCGCACAGACAGAGUAAAGCACCAUAUAAAGCUUUCUGAUGAAACCCCUUUCAAACAGCGUGCGCGCCCAAUCCACCCACAGGACAUUGAAGCAGUUCGCAACCAUAUCCAGGAGCUCCUCGACACGGGAGUUAUCAGGGAAUCCGAGUCUCCAUUCUCUUCACCUAUUGUGGUGGUGAGAAAGAAAAACGGCCAAGUCAGAUUAUGCAUUGACUACCGGCGGUUAAACCUUCAAACUAUCAAGGAUGCAUACUCUCUUCCUAAGCUUGAGGACACGUUUAGUGCACUAAAUGGCUCCCAGUGGUUUUCUGUGCUCGACUUGAAAUCUGGCUACUACCAGAUAGAAGUUGAAGAGGCAGAUAAGCCAAAAACCGCCUUUGUGUGCCCCCUCGGGUUCUGGGAGUUUAAUAGGAUGCCUCAAGGGGUGACAAAUGCCCCGAGCACGUUUCAGAGGUUAAUGGAGAAGUGCAUGGGGGACAUGCAUCUGAAAGAAGUGCUCGUAUUCCUUGACGACUUAAUAAUAUUCUCCAAGACUCUUGAAGAACACGAGGAGAGGCUAAUGAAGGUGCUCUCCAGAUUAAGAGAAUUCGGACUCAAAUUGUCCCCUGAGAAAUGUGUCUUUUUCCAGACAUCAGUCCGCUACCUUGGACAUGUGGUCUUCAGAGAUGGCGUCCGGACGGACCCGGAAAAGACAGCUGCCCUCGAGACCUGGCCUGUUCCACAAAGUCUCAGAGAACUUAGAUCAUUCCUUGGUUUUGCAGGAUAUUAUAGAAGAUUCGUCAAGGGAUAUUCCUGCAUUGUGAAGCCUCUCCAUGAUCUGACUUCUGGAUACCCACCAUCCCGAAAAGGACUCAAGACACCAGGUAAAUUGGACAAGUACCGAGACCCAAAGGAGCCCUUUGGGGAACGAUGGACUUCCGCUUGCCAACAAGCCUUUGAGGAGGUGAUUUACAAACUGACCACCGCCCCCGUGCUGGGAUUUGCCGACCCUCAGAGGCCAUAUGUGCUUCACACAGAUGCCAGCACUACUGGACUAGGUUCAGUCCUCUAUCAAGAACAGGAGGGUCAGAUGAGAGUGAUCGGCUAUGCGAGCAGAGGGCUGUCACGGAGUGAGAGUCGCUAUCCAGCACAUAAAUUGGAGUUUUUGGCGUUAAAGUGGUCAGUCACUGAAAAAUUUGCAGAUUAUCUUUAUGGAAAUCACUUCACUGUUGUAACGGAUAGCAAUCCGCUAACCUAUGUACUUACCUCUGCAAAACUGGAUGCGACGAGCUACAGAUGGUUAGCAGCAUUAUCCACAUUCUCAUUUAAACUCAUCUAUCGCCCAGGAAGACAGAACCUCGAUGCCGAUGGUCUUUCUCGCAGACCGCAUGGAAAGCUAGAGGAUGAUCUCAGGUCACAGAAAGAGAGAGAACGAAUCCUUCAGUUCACAAAGGAGCACCUCUCUGAUCCGGAGAACGUUGACACUGUCAGCGAGGAAGUUGUCCAAGCGAUUUGCGAGAGGCAGCUGAUCUACAGCUUUAACGACAACGGAAAUAACGUUGACAACAUUGCUCUGGUUGAGUGUCUAGCUAUCUCCGGGAAUGCAGUGCCAAGUUGUUUCCAACAUGCAGAUAGAUCCGAUGCAUCCCCUGAUGUCACUCACCUGUCUGAGGCCGACAUUGCAGCUAAGCAGAGAUCAGACCAAUGUCUAAGACAUGUCAUCCCCCAACUUGAGAGUGGGGAGACGCCACCGCCUACCCUGCGGGAGGAACUCCCUGAACUUCCCCUUUUACUAAAAGAGAUUAAUCGCCUUGAGCUGGUGAAUAAUGUCCUAUACAGAAGACGCCAAGAAGGUCCCAAGACAUUCCAUCAACUUGUCCUCCCUGUUGAGUUCCGAGGCACAGUUUUAACUAGUCUCCACGACCACAUGGGACAUAUGGGAGUUGAUCGCACUCUAGACCUUGUCAGAAGCAGGUUCUAUUGGCCGAAGAUGGCUAUGGAUGUGGAGAGGAAAGUGAAAACUUGUGGCAGGUGUGUCAGAAGGAAGACGCCGCCAGAGAAAGCUGCACCUCUCGCUAACAUCACAACCACAAGGCCUCUCGAGCUUCUCUGCAUAGAUUUUCUUUCCCUCGAACCUGAUAAGAGUGGUACCAAGGACAUCCUGGUAAUCACGGACCACUUCACAAAGUUUGCUGUUGCCAUUCCAACACCUAACCAAAAAGCCCGUACCGUGGCAAAGUGCCUGUGGGAGAAUUUCAUGGUGCAUUAUGGCAUGCCAGAAAAACUGCACAGCGACCAAGGGCCAGAUUUUGAAUCUCGGACGAUAAAAGAACUCUGUCAGAUAACCGGUAUUCACAAAACCAGGACCACUCCAUAUCACCCCCGGAGUAAUCCCGUGGAACGAUUUAAUCGUACCUUGCUUGCCAUGUUGGGUACCCUCGAGAACCAAGAGAAGGCACACUGGCGGGAUUUCGUCAGACCCCUUGUCCAUGCCUAUAACUGCACGAAGAACGACGUUACAGGUUUUACACCAUACGAGCUAAUGUUCGGGCGACAGGCUCGUUUACCAGUUGAUUUGGCAUUUGGAUUACCGUUGCGGGAUAACCAACACUCAUCGCACUCUGAGUAUGUCCGAAGUUUGAAAUCACGUCUUGAACAAAGCUACAAGUUAGCUACGACCAACGCCGCAAAGAUUGCACAAAAGAACAAGAAGCGAUUUGACAAACGUGUUUGUACCUCAGAUUUGGAACCCGGAGACAGAGUCCUAGUCCGAAAUGUACGUUUAAGAGGCAAACACAAGAUCUCAGACAAAUGGGAGUCUAAUGUCCAUGUUGUGGUGAGCAGAGCGGGUACCCUACCUGUCUACAAAGUAAGACCAGAGACCUCUGCAGGACCAAUGAGGACAUUACACAGAGAUUUACUUCUUCCGUGUGGAUUUUUACCCGUGGAACGGGUCAGCGACCCUGUUAAGCCAUCUGCGAAGCGAAGGGUAGUAACUCGGGCUAAUUCCAUUGCAGAUGCUGAAUUCUCUGAGCAAGAAGACGAAGAGUAUAUCCCUGUCGUAUGGUUCGAUGACACUCCAGAACUACGUGUGCUUCCAACUCACGGAAGUCCAGAACGUCUGCAAGAUCUAACGUCAACCGAACAAGAUGGGCAACAGAUUGCACCUCCAGAUAUCUAUCGCAUUGAGAGCCCAGUAAACACGCAGGUGUCAGAUCACUUACCUGAAAUGUCAAAACCACCGGAAACGUCUACUGAUGUUCUAUUAAGUUCCUCGGAACCUGACAGAACUACCAAUGAUCAUGAGACCACAGAGCACUUACCUGCUGAGAGAGUCACUCUCACUGAUGCAGUACCUGAAAAAGAACACAGCAAAAGUCACAGAGCUGACACCGACCAAACUGAAGAGGAAUCCGUUGUGGAAAGUGUAAACUUACCUGAUCCUAAUGACCCUGGUGUUGAACUUCCUUCCACGUCUCCCCAGAGGACAGGUAGAGAAGAUGAAACUGAAAGAACUGGAGACGAGGAAUGUGUGAAUAAAGAAUCUGGAAUGGACAAAUUGGAACCAAAUGAAGGAGGAAGGAUAACCGUUACCGACAUCCCUAUCAGGCGAUCGGACAGAGAACGUCAACCACCAAAGAGACUUGAUUAUCCAGAACUUGGAAACCCUCUGGUCACAGUAGUGAAAUCAUUUUUUCAUGGGCUGACCACUGUAUUGUCUGAUGCUUUACAUGAUAAUCGAGUAGCCACAACAGCUUCUCCACCAUGCCAACCUCAAAUUCAUUGUGUCUGA